AUGGGAACUCGUGUAAUGAGUGAUUUCUCUCACGACACCUUGCCCAGAAGAGACAACAGAAAUGAAAAUCCACAAAUAUUUAGAAAGGACGGACUUGAUUUACCACUGAUAUACGACGGACCACCUCCGUUGAUAAAUAAUGGAUCGCCAGAGCGACCUCAACAAACUCAGACUGACCAAGUCAAGAAGUUGGCUGGCCUUAGUAUUGGUUUCUGUGGAAUGUUUGCAGAACAGUUACUGUCACAUCCUUGUAUUGUGUUAAGACGGCAAUGUCAGGUUCAUCAUGCUGGAGCAUGGUAUCACCUGACCCCAAUUUCAUUGAUCCAAACUGUGAUAAAUAUACAGCGCUCACAGGGAGGUCUGGUAUUGUGGAAAGGCUUAGGAAGUGUGUACAUAGUCCGUGGUAUUGGCAUGGUGUCUGAAACAGUCGUCAGUGAGAUUACUUCUUUUCCAAGGGAAGUAUCACGCCACAGUUCGCUGAAACGUCUUGGAGGACAUAUUCUGCUAAAAGGGAUUGUUUUUGCUAUUUCGACCCCAUUUCUGGCUGCAAGUCUCGUAGAAACUGUUCAGAGUGAGAUUGCAAGUGAACGACCUGGUGUUCUGGAUGUCCUGUUUGAAGGGGUAGCUCGCAUCGGUAUGUGGGGCACCCCUCAUGCUGCUCGACAGAUUCCAGUCUGGCAGUUGGCGCUGCCAACUGUGAUUUUUAGGUUGUCACACUAUAUUGUCAACUCCAUUGCCCAGUUUACUGUGACAUCAGCCAUGCAUUUAGAACAGCAGGAAAUGAGAGAGCAGCCAGGAGAGAAUGGUAGGGAGCCCAGUGUGUAUGAGACAUAUUUCCCUGAUUUGCUGGCCGCAUUCACUGGCGGAUUCCUUGCAGACAUGAUCACUUUUCCAAUGGAAACUGUUCUACAUCGCUUGUAUGUGCAGGGCACCAGAACUAUCAUUGACAACACUGACACAGGCCUAGGUGUGGUGCCCAUCAACACGCGAUAUGAAGGCUUCUUUGACUGUUUCACCUGCAUCGUCAAGGAAGAUGGCCUCCAGGGUCUGUACAGGGGCUUUGGUGCCCUGCUCCUGCAGUAUGCCAUACAUGCUCUCAUCCUGAGACUGGUCAAGUUCAUGUUUGAGAAACUGUCCCAGGAGUUUGACCUGCGUCAGAAGCAGCAGAAGGCUUCCAGCUUAGCCAGGAAAUCCAGAACUCAGGACUUUGGUUUUGGGGAGGGAUAA